AUGGCCAAACUACACACCAUCGGUCGUGGUGCCUGCGGCACUUUAUGGGCAUCCGAAACAGGACCCGCCUACAAGAGGGAGGACGGCAACCCAACACGAUCCCUCCAAAACGACUUCGAAAUGCACAACCGCGUACUUGAAAGUAGACGAACCCUUAUGAACCUGAAAAAGUCUAGUCAGGUUCAAAUCCAGAUACCAUCCUGUCACAACUUUUUCGAGCCAGAGAACAAGGAGUGGUGGGCUACAAAUCUAGAAAGAUUCCCACAACGCUAUACACCAUGCAAUAUGAUCGAAGCACAACGCAUUCCACCGCUUGGAGAAUCAACUCGACACCUUCUUAUUCAAACAUUCUGCCCGGAUGAGAUCAGACAGAAGAUCAUCAAUAGUGAGCCGGAUCGAGACUGCUUAAUUCGACCAUAUCUGGGUAGACGCCGAACACAUACCCGGGAUUCCAAGACCUUCUCACGGUUCAAAGCAUUCUCUUUGCGAAAUUACCCGCUACAUGAAGACCAACUAGAUGAGCUGGCGAUCACAGGAGACGACCUACAAUAA